UCCGCGGAAGGGAGAGGGAACCAGAGGAGCGAAAGUAGCGGUGCCUCGCUCCCAGCGCGAUGUCAGAUCGCGACCACGACCGGAGCUGCACCCGAAGUGCUGGGUCCCAGAAUCUCCCGCGAUCGCGCGUGUGUUGGUUCGGGCGUGCGGAUUACGCUUGCGAUGACGAUGCCUCCUUCGGAGAGAAACUACGGAUUCGUGCAUCAGCUGCAGAGCAGGGCGGAGUCCAGGAGGGCGUCCAAGCCCUUGAUGGAAAAGCGUCGUCGUGCCCGCAUCAACCACAGCCUCUCCCAGCUCAAGAGCCUGCUACUGGACACCCCGACGAAAAAGGAAUCUCAGAAUCCCCGGCACGCGAAGCUGGAGAAAGCGGAUAUCCUGGAGAUGACUGUGAGGCACCUUCAGGGGAUCCACCAUGGCCAUCAUUUGCCAUCAGCAGCUCACGAAUUGGAAGCCAGAUUCCAGGCUGGUUUCGCCGAAUGCGCCCGAGAAGUGACCCGCUUCGUCUGCAACACCGACGUCGACGCCAGCAUGCGGUCGCGCCUCUUGGGCCACCUGGCGUCUUGCCUGGCCUCUUUGCCGACGCCUCCAACGGCCGAGACCGAAGAUCAGGCUGCCUCAAGCGGCACAGUUAUCGUCAAGGCUGAGCCCGGAAGCUGCGACAGCUCCGUCUCUGCCGUACCAUCACCGUCCUGUGCUCAAGACCAGUGCAUGGAUCCACUGGCUUGCCGGCCUGCGAGUCCUCUGAACUUGGCCACCUCCGCCCGGUCGGUGUCUUCGACGUCUUCGGCAUCUUCAGGCAUCAGCAUGCCUGCAAGUCCCUACAGUGACUCUGAAUCCACCACUUCGGCCAGUGAAGACAAUUACGGUGAUGUUGUAAGGAUGGAUGUUCAGACCUUCGGCGUCAUCAGAAGAGCGCCGGCAAUGUACUGCGAUCCAGUCUGGAGGCCCUGGUAGCACGAAGCUCUUCUAGGGCUGUUGUUUUUAUGUACAAAUUGUAAUUUGUUUUUGUGUGUGCCUGUUUACCCAUCGACUACAUUCCUGUACAUACAUGUGGUGAUUAUUCUCAAGUUCCUAGUGUCUCUCUUUUCCACCUUUGUAAGUUAUAAUGCCAAAGCCAUAUACUUAAGUGCCUUUUCACUUAAUGCCUUUUAUACAAUGAAAUGCCAUUAAUGCACACAAACGAAAAAAAAAGAGUGCCCAAGUGACAAUAAACUUUGGAAAAUAUUUUAAAGUGAAAAUUAUAA